UAUUUACCUUUUUGCUCAUUGGAUGCAUCUGGAGCUAGCUCGUCACUAUUCCGGUGUUACUUUUCUUUAUAUUUUAAUAUCAAACAAGUCAGAAUACAUAAUAACGUGACAUGGUUUGGUUUUUUUCACACAAUAGAAAGACGUUCAAAAAUAGCCUGAAUAGUCAGCAUGCUUAUUUACGUUGAGUGAGAUGGCCAAGAACCUUAAAUAGGCCAGAGAACUCUUAACCAAGGAAAGCAGACUCAAUGCAAUAUUGAACUAUCCAGUCACUACAUCAACACGGGCCUCAUUAUGGAUAAAUUUGUCGUGCGGUUACCUAAAGGACAAGCACCAACGCCAACAAAGAUCAAGGGAAAGGUGUAUAAGCAAACUACAAUCGAGUCACUGCGGAGAGUGGUCGUGAUUGAGGACAUAAUACGAUACAAGUCAAUGUUGGAAUUCCCUGGACAAACAAAGGACAAUCAUCUCCAUGCCUUGGCAGAGCUUCAAAAGAAGAUGCCAUCGAGAGAGGUGUUGAAGUCAACGAAAAUAGGUCACACCGUCAACAAAAUGCGAAAGAACCCCGACCCAGAGGUGAGCGCAUUGGCAACACAGGUUUAUACUGACUGGAGGACCUUCAUUGAAGAGAAUUCCAACAAGCCCUCUAUCGAAGUCCAUUGUGACAAACAGUCAGAGGCACUCCGGACCAAUGCUAGAAGAUUGAUGGCUGAUGCUUUGGAGGUGAAGAUGGAUUCCAGCCUUAUCGACAACAUCGAGAGAGAAGUAUUCCAUCAGAGCUUGCGGUUGGUCAGCAGUUCAUACAGGCGCACCGUCAGGGCGCUGGUGUUUGCCUUCAAACACAAGCCUGAGGUUCGAGCUCAACUGAAGGACAGCACAACUUCAGUUACCCAGCUGGUUUCCAGCUAUAAGAAGUAACUCUCUGACCCUGGUAAAAGGACUGGACACGGACCCCUAGUGAUCUCGAUGAAAGGAAGUGGGGAUAUCUUUUUGUUGUUCUCUUUUGAAAGCAUUAUUUCUUGUAAUAGAAAAUCUUUCAUGAGAUCCGUAUUUUGGCACACAUUGAGCCUUUUACUAGUUGUUGCUUGUAAAGUAUUGUCGCAAAGGUAUGCUAUUGAUUUUGCUGUUCUGUUUUGGAAUCAAAGGGGAAAUAUACUUCCUUCUUUUUUAAGCGUCAUGGAGCACACAACAAAUUAAUGUUUUUAUACAAAAGAUCCAAAAUUGA